AUGGCCACCAUCAGUCCCCAUGUCAAGGCCGUCCGGUCUCUCUAUCGAAGAUCACUGAAGCUCGCCUUGGACUGGGCAGUCCAGCGAAACCUGUGGCGCGGACAAGCAGUCUACAUACGAUCACUCUUUGAUGCCAACAAGAACAUAUCUGAUCCCCGGCAACAAAGAAUUCUGUUCAACGAGACGGAAAAGUUACUAGACAAAUGGAAACACCCUGAUCCCUACAGACCACCCACCGCACCCGGAGGUUCGAAAUACGAACGGAAUCUACCGGCUCCAGACCUACCACCACCAUCAAGAGAAUUUGUCAACAGGUUAUGA